GAGAGAGAUGAAUAGUGGCAGCAUCACAACUGAAGAAGGAAAUGCAGUGCAUGCGAAUGUGAUCCUACUACCUUCGGUCAGAUUCAACCCCACUGACGAGUUGCUGGUCAGCUACUACUUGAGGAGCAAGAUCCAGGGCACCGACUCCCUCUUCCGCCACACCAUCCCGGAAAUCGAUGUCUGCAAGUACGAGCCCUGCGAUCUUCCUGCAUUCUUCCCAGAAGUUCAUGGGAAGGAGUGGUUCUUCUUUAGCCGGCUCGACCGCAAGUACAACAACAGCCUUCGCUGCAAACGGGUCACGGAUCAAGGCUUUUACAAGAUCACAGGGAAGGACCGUGAGAUCAGGGCUGAAGAAUCCAAAGCUGUGAUUGGGAAGAAGAGGAUUCUGACCUUUUACGAAGGUCGUGGAUCGAAAGCAAAGAGGAGGACCGAUUGGGUAGUCCAUGAGUAUUCUCUCACAGAAACUGAGGUGAGUUCUAAACCCGCCAAGCAGAUGCACUUUGUCCUCUGGCGCCUGAAGAACAAGUCAGCUAGUUAUAAGAAGCCGAAGGGUGAUCCAAUCCGCGGCGAAUUAGCUGAUUCAGGUGCUAACUCGGAAGAUGAUCAAGCUGCUGUAAGUGAUGUGAUUGCAGAGCCAGUGGAACAUCUGGGAUACUUCUUUGAUAACCUUCAGAUUGAAACUCUUAUCUCUAGUACCUAUUGCUUUAAUUAAUUUCCCUGCAUUAGCUGCUGCGUUCCUGUGCAGCAUUUCUUCUUUUUCUGUACUCCUUUCAUGUAGUAUUGCUGUUAUGUUGUUUAUUUAAUCAAAGAGUGUUUCUUGUGGCA